GGUGCCUGGUGGCUCGGCUAUGUGGUGUUCGGCUCCCUGGCUCUGGCCGCGGCUAUGCCGCUCUUCUGCUUCCCUCGGCGGUUGCCAGGGCAACGUGGCAAGGGACACAGCCAGCAAGACAAGGGAGAGCAUCAGAAGGGAGAGAAUCAUCUAGUUACUGAAUACAAAGUCGUUGACAGAGAAUAUGGGAGUAAAAUAAAUGUCAGAGUCAUAAGGAAGCCUAUAGCUAAGACAUUAGCUUUCAUCAAAAGAACCACCGUGGUUUUAAAAUUAUUACGCAAAUCUUUUCCAUUCCAAGACUUCUUGUCCAGCAUUCUGCGACUGUUGAUCAACCCAGUGUACAUGUGCCUCACCAUCUCCUCCAUCUUGGUCAUCUUUAGCGUCAGCGGCACCAGCGCUUACACGCCCAAGUACCUGGAGGCCAUGUUUAACUUACCUGCUUACAAGGCUAAUUACAUACUAGCCGGUGAGGUACUCUGCUCCUCUUGUGUGGGAUCUUUUGUCGGUGGUUUCCUGACCCGACGUUUCAAGAUGUCGCCAAUGGUCGCCCUCAAGUUCGCCAUCCUCGUCAUCUGUAUCUCCCUGAUGGCGACCGUCACGGGGUUUUUCUUUCAGUGUGAGCAGCCCAAAGUCUACAACUGGCCCGGGGAAAACAAUACAUGCAGCAGGGGAUGCAACUGUGAAGACAACAGUUACUUCCCAAUAUGCGGAUCAGAUGGUAGAACGUAUUACUCCCCUUGUACAGCCGGGUGCGUGGAGAGAGAAAAAGGGGUGUACCUGAACUGUACCUGUAUAGCAGGUGGCACGGCCUCCAGUGGAACAUGCGACUAUAGCUGUGCCCACCUGUACCCGUACGCCGUGUUUUUUGGCAUCCGGCUGCUCUUUGGUACCUUGUCCAUCAUCCCCAAGUUAAUCCUUCUAUUGAGGUGUGUUAACAACAAGGACAAGUCUCUGGCUAUCGGGUUCGAAUCCUUCCUGGUAUCACUUUUAGGCUGGCUGCUUGGUCCGCUUGUCUUCGGCUACGUCAUCGACGGGAUCUGCGUCCAAUGGGACUCCAGCUGCGGGGUCAGGGGUCGCUGUCUGCUGUACGACCACCGGCUGUUCCAGCUGAAGCUGCACGGCUACAUCGUCGUGCCCGGGGCGGGGUGCCUCCUCUUCAUGUUCAUCGCCUUCUUCUACGCCAGGGCCACGGGGUGCCUGGAGGGGGAGGCGACCCCCGGGACUCGUGACGUCACGGAGAUGACGCUGGUGAUAGACUCGGUGAAACAUGCGCCGGAUGAAGAGAAUCACAUAUCACGUGAGGGGAAUGACACAGAUGGUGGGAAUCACACAUCGGAUGAUGUGAAUACCGCAUUGCACGAUGUGAAUAAUGAAAAAGACAUUGAAGACCGAGAGAAGAAAUACUUUGAAGACGGCCGUCCAUGA